AUGCCAAUUACACCAUGCAACAGUGUCAAGAGCGGCGGCGCGAACGGCGCUCGACUUCCCGGGACGGCGCGCCUCACCGCGAGUGGAGUUGGGGCCCCAGGACCCACGGGCGAGCACGCGGAGCUGGGGCGCGCGGGGGGCGACCCACCCGAGCCUCGCCGGGCCCGCGGGAGCCUGCCCUGGGGCCCGGGCCAGGGGACGACCCGCGCGUUUACCUGGGCUCCGCACCGCCGAGCCGUCGCUUCCCGGGUCCCGCCCGCGGCGUCCGGGCCCAGGCGGCCCCUCUCCCCCGCCGCGCGCGCCGCGGACCGCGCGGGCCGGGCCGCUGGAGCUCCGGAGCCGCCCCGCCGCGGGGGGCCUCCCUCGCGGGCCGCCGGCUCCCGUCACGCGUUCCCGCCCCCCGGGGGACGGCCGCGGAGCCGAGCGCGACGCGGGAAGGGCCUCCCGAGGACGGCCGGACCGACGGACGGAAGGCGGACGGGCGGGCGGGCGGGCGCACGCACGGGCUCCGCCACCCGAGCCGCUCCGUUACCGCAGCGGCGACGACGACCAGGGCCGUGUUGUUGCUGCCAACUUGUCGGAAGGACACUGAGCAUGCGCGCGCGGGGACCACAUCCGGGUAAUUUCAGGGUUUGGCCCUUUUCCCCCCCCCCCCCCCGCCGCGCUCCUUUCUCCCGGCUGCCCCCGCCUCCCGCCCAGAUCCGGGAGGGUCCCAGUGCGCAGGCGCCCGCGGGCAGCAGCGGGCUGCUCGCGGCAGGCCGAGUGAGCCGAGCAGAGCGGCGGCGGUGGCGGCGAGUUGCAGUUUCGCGGGGACAGUUUAAAGAGUACGCAAGCAGCGCGGGACAGCUCAGGAUGUGCUAUGGGCAGGGCUGCCGAGUCGGGUUGGGAUUUUGAAGACCUUGGUGGACACGGCACUAACUGCAGGUGUUUGUAGCAGUUCACUUUGGGGGCGGGGGGGGGGGGGGAGUCUGUCCCUUUCUUCCCACCGACCCGGAAUCGAGCUCAACUUGGUGGCGCGCAGUCAAGGAAUCACGGUCAGGGGCCUUGGCCCGUGUUGCCAAAUGUGAGCAGUUGGAAUUUCGAGUUGGAGGCGACCUUCCAGACCUACUGUACACCUGCUGGGUAGGUUGUACAAGCUGGGACGUAUAGCUCAGUUUCAAACUUAACACCUUACAAAACAAAGUCAGAAUUUUCUCCCAUUCCCUAGGUGGCCGGAUGGCUGGAUAUCUAAAACAUCCAGGACAACCUAAAGGGAAAAUUCAAGAUUUGAUGUCUAUGUACAAAGGCUGUUUCCUUCGCAGCACCACGGUACAAGAGUCAAAACAAAGGGUAGUCAUUUGGUGGCAAAAGACCCACUCUUGAUUUUAACUUAGUAAUUAUUUUCUUUUCUAAUUUUAUGACUUUUGUACUCAGUGAUUAGAACACAGGCCUACCACAUGCUCCCUGGGUUUGAGUCAUAGAACACGCAUGUAAUCCUAUCACUUGGGAGGCAGAGGCAGGUGGAUCUCUGAGUUCGAGACCAGCCUGGCCUAGAAGAGCUAGUUCCAGGACAGGAACCAAAAAAAGCUACAGAGAAACCCUAUCUCGAAAAUCAAAAAAAAAAAAAAAAAAAAAAAAAAAAAAAAAAAAAAAAUCUUAAACUAAGAAAAACUCUUAAUGCCAGGCGUACAAAACCUCUCAAGUUGUUGGUCUAGGAGCUUCCCAAAGCAACAGACCAUUGCUGUUGCCCUUGAUUACCUCCCAGAGGUUGAAGGUUAGUCCCUAAGUUACCACACACUUCAGGCACCAACACAGAGGAUCCAGGCUGGGUUGAUCUGAAAGCCUCUUUGCGAGGUCUAACUUUCAUAGAACCAGGAGGUGCUGUGCAAGCUUCCAAGGGUGGGAAGCAACCCAUACUUCUAUGCAACUGUGACUUCUAUGAACCGCAACACCAAAUGCAACACCAACCAGCAUGGCACAAGCCAAGAGUGCAAUAGUGGCAUUCAUGCCCUAGAGGUAAGUUACAGUUGUCUACUGUCCCUAAGACCUGAUCAGCAGGAGAGAAACCAUGCUUGAGACAGGAAACCCAGCCAAUUACCCAGAGCCAGUGAGCUCAUGGAUCUUAGAGGAGAACCACAUGUCAACAGUUUACCAAACCCUACCUACCAUUCUAAUGUUUACUCUUAUACCGAAAAAUAAAUGUAGCUCCCACCCCUCGUCAGAAACAAACAAACAAAAAAAAAAAAACAAGCAAAAAAACCCUCUUUGUAACAAAGACCAUUACAGAAACCACAACCAAUCAAAAUGCAGAAAACAAAUGAUCCUAGAAUACUAGGCCCAUUUGACAUAUCUAUGACCGAACUCCUGAACCUAAGACUCAGGGAACAUCAGAAAAGAUGGGGCAGAAAGACGGCAAGUGCCAGAGGACCAGGAAGUCUGCUGUGAGAUUGUUUCUCCUAGAAAUGUCAGGGAAGCUUCACCCGUGAUACCUCAAUAAUAUGGCUGCCUAAACAAGACCCAAACAAAUGCAACACCGGUAGACAUGCUCACAUGGAAGGGAACAUCUCACUGGGCCCCUGAAGAAAGAACUAAUAGAUGUUGAGACCAGGGAAACAGUCUUCCCCAGGGAUGAGUGUCUUAACUGGUUAUCCAAUACUAAGUGGUCAGCCCUGAGAUCAUAACACUUAAGGAAUACUAAAUACUAAGUAAAUCUGACCAAGUUGUAGUUAUUUAUUUAAAUAUAUAUAUGUAUAUGUACAUAUACAUAUAUAUAUGCCAUGAAUUCAAGAAAGGACAUGUGAGAAUACUGGGAAGAAGAAAAGAGAAGGGCUAAAUAAUGUAAUUUUAUUUUAAGUUUUUUUAAAAAAGCAAAUAAAAUCUUCCAAGUUUCUACUUUCUCAGGCAUGUGAUCUUUAUUUAACCAACUCCUCCCUCCUAGAGGAAGUGUUUGAAUUCAGAGGAAGCUGCUAUGAACUGGCUGAUGCAAGCUCUCCGCUGAAGGUGGCAGUUGGAGAGAAGAAAAGAAACGGAGAAACAGAUGGAGCAAAGGGUCCAUCUUUACUGUUUUCAAAAGUCCGGAAUGGCUGUUGUUCAAGCUGGAUCCACCAGGACCUUCACAGGCAGCUGCGGACAGAAUCCCAAGGGGGGAAAGAGGUGGAGCAGGAAGGAAGGAAUUAGGAGGGGAGGGGAAAACCCACAGUCCAUCUUUGUCUGGCAGCAACCCUCAAAAUUCCCAAGAGGCCACCGACAGCGCUGACACAGAGAAGUGGCUGCACAACUCUGAGUGAGGGGACCCAGGCCCCUCACCAGUUCUUUGAAUGUUGUACUUGUUGUCUACUAUGUGUCAAAUAUCGGUGCCUACUAUGUGUCAAAUAUUGGUGCCUACUAUGUGCCAAAUACCAAGCAAUUCAUAGAUAAAUCUGCCAACCAGCAUUCUGGAACAGCUCCCAGUCUUGUGGGUGACGGUGGAAUGUUGGAUGAUUCUGAAGGUGAGUUGGGACAGAACUGUAGAAGGCUUCAGAAAAAGUAAUUCUUCUGCUGAAUUUUGUGAAGUGGUCACUGGUUGACAGGGAAGAGUGGAGGUUUUCAAAGCAAAGGGAACAGACUUAGAAACAGGAAAUUUGUUGUUAUGUUUGUGUGGAAUGAUUUUUAAAACAUCAGUAUGUAGUGACAUAUACUCGCCCAUGUUAAAAAAAAAAGCCAGAAAACUUGAUAAAAGAGCACAAAAUGGAUUAUUUGCUGUGGUAAAUAGAUACUAAUGCUUAUCAAAAAGAAAUGAUUUGAAUAAAUUAAGGUGCAUCCAAUAGAAAAUGUCAGACUGUAUAUCCCCAGGGAAAUGAUGCCCCCUAAAGGAGGGCUGAUGAUGAGAAUAUUGUGGUGGCGUUUAUGUUUUAAAGGAGGAGAAACAAGAUAGUUACCACAUUGUGGUGGUACCACAUGGAAUAAGAACAGAGAUGACGGUAAGUUGAGUGGGAGGACAUUUUUCACUGUUUAAUUUCUUUAGAAACCAUGUAAAUGCGUUACCUGGUUGAAAGCUUAGAUUUAAACUUGAAACUCAACGUGACCAGAACCUAAACUCUCUGGGACUUGUUUCAAUCCCUUCCUCUCGUGAAUCUCUAGGACCACACUGGUACUCCCCUUGCUAUAGACAAACCAAGGUGCGAAUUCCUCAGUUCCUAUUACCAGCUUGAAUACAGCAAGUGCCCCACAGUGUCUGAGUACAGGGAGGGGAGAUGUACCUAGGAAAAAAAGAUUUGAAGCAGAACUUGAAAAAAGAGCAUGUUCACGAACUAAACUCUUGGGGCCACAUAUGUUUGGCUUUUUACAGUUUUGUUGAGAUAUGAUGUAGAUAGACAUUUCUGUAGACAUGCGUAUCAUUCAGCUGACACCUCCACAAUCAAAUUUUAAAACAGCAGAUUCUUUUCAAAGGUCCACUGUGCCAUCCUUACCCUCAGGUCCUUUUGAUAUCAUGGGUUUUUCUGGAAGUUCAUAUAAGCAGAAUUUCAGGCAUGCAGCCUUUUAUAUCGGAAUUCUUUCACUCAACGUGUUUUGAGAUCCAAGGUAUUGCUAUGUGUGUGAAGGAGCAAUCGGGUCCUUUUCACUGUCCAGUAUACUCCAUUGCAUGACUGAACAAAGCCAGAGAUGCUAAGUCUGUUAAUAGGUUAGUGCUCAUCAGGCAAUGGGAAAGAGGGAGCCGAGAGGUGUAGCGUCUCCUGCGGGGAUGGUAGAAAUGUUUUAGAAUUAGACCAUGCUGACGUUUACACGGCAUUACAGAUAUACCAAGACGCUGAGUUGGAUACCCUAAAAGGGUUGAAGUGGUGAGUUCUCCAUUAUAUAAAUUUUAUCUGAAAAUUACAUUUUAAGCAAGCACUGCGUGAGUACUUACUAAGCAAAUCAUCUUUGGAGGUCAGCUGGCCUGGAUUCAAGCAGGAAUUUCAUUCCAGACUAGCCUGAAGAACUCAAACAAAGGAGUCUCAGUCCCUUCUGAAAUCCAUCUCAGAUUAGGUAGCAUCCACUGUGAUAAAACCCAGAGAUAGAAUUCAGGUAAGGCUAACCUUACCUACACAUUGAGUUUGGACUCAGCUUGGUCUAUGCAGCAAGUUCUAGGCAGCCAGGGCUACGUAGCCCCACCUCAAAGACAGGCAAACCUGACUUGGAUAAGGGCCUCCUCAGUUCGGUCUUCAGUGUUGCAAAGUUAAAGUAACUUGUCUCCUUACUGAGGGAUGUUCUGAAUGUUUUUUUUUUCUUCAAAAAUACCAGUAUUGUAAAAGACAAAGACGAAAGAAAAGGUUCCUGUACUACUAGAUCUAGGAGGCUAAUAGACAUGCUCCCCCUUUU